CCGGGGCGUGCACGGAAGCGGUCAGCAGCUAGGAGGGAGCAGCCGAACGGGCAGUCUAGCGGAGGGCUGGCAGGUCACCGGCUGUGCGCACGAUGAGACCCGGAGAGGAGCGGCCCGUGGAGGGGGGCGCCUGUGCCGGCGUCUCCGAGCUGGAGCUGCUGAAGCUGCGCGCCGCGGAGCGCAUUGACAAGGCGGCCGAGCGGCUGGGGGCCCUGAGCCGCGCGAUCUGGAGCGAGCCCGAGCUGGCCUACGAGGAACACCGGGCCCACGGCGUGAUGACACGCUUCUUCGAGUGCGAGCCUCCGGCCGCCUCGUGGUCGGUGCAGCCGCACUACCACCUGGCCACGGCCUUCCGCGCCGAGUGGGGGCCGCCGGGGGUCGGCGCGGCGCCGCGCCCCCUGCAGCUGGGCUUCCUCUGCGAGUACGACGCGCUGCCCGGCAUCGGGCACGCCUGCGGCCACAACCUGAUCGCCGAGGUCGGGGCGGCGGCCGCGCUGGGCGUGAAGGGGGCCCUGGAGAGCCUCCCCGGGCCGCCUCCGCCGGUGAAGGUGAGGUGGGGCCCUGGCUCGGGACUUCCAUCGCCUGCCCAAGCCGGGCGGGACCCGGGGAUCGCAGGACCCGGCGCUUCCCGUGCGAGUCCGCUCCCCUCGGGGUCCCGGCCUCGCCUUUGCCAGAAGACAGAACCCCUGGAUAAAAGCCUCGUGACUGUGAAAUACUACGGAAAAGCAUCUCAUGCUGCUGCAUAUCCCUGGGAAGGAGUAAAUGCAUUAGAUGCUGCUGUCCUGGCUUACAACAAUCUGUCCGUGUUGAGACAGCAAAUGAAACCAACCUGGAGAGUUCAUGGCAUAAUAAAAAGUGGUGGUGUAAAACCCAAUAUCAUUCCCUCUUAUUCUGAAUUAAUCUAUUACUUCCGUGCACCCUCAAUGAAAGAACUUCCAGUUUUGACCAAAAAGGCAGAAGAUUGCUUCAGAGCUGCAGCUUUGGCUACUGGGUGUACAGUAGAAAUUAAAGGUGGAGCACAUGAUUAUUACAAUGUUCUUCCCAAUAAGAGCCUCUGGAAAGCUUAUAUUGAAAACGGAAAAAAACUUGGAAUAGAAUUUAUUUCAGAAGAUGCAAUGUUGAAUGGCUCUUCAGGAUCUACUGAUUUUGGAAAUGUUACUUUUGUGGUUCCUGGGAUUCAUCCAUAUUUUUACAUUGGAUCUGAUGCCUUAAAUCAUACAGAACAGUAUACGGAAGCUGCAGGAUCACAGGAAGCUCAGUUCUACACUUUACGUACCGCCAAAGCUUUGGCAAUGACUGCAUUGGAUGUUAUUUUUAAACCAGAGUUGUUACAGAGAAUCAAAGAGGACUUUAAAUUGAAACUUCAAGAAGAGUUUUUAAAUACAGUAGAAUAAAAGGAAGAUCUGGAGCCACUUAUGGAUCAUUAAGAAGUAAUAGUUUUUUUCUUUAAUCUUUUUUAAUGAUGGAGAAAGGCAUCCUUAAUUUUUAGUCUUAAGGGAGUCAAGUUCCUCUUACCUGAAAAAUGAGGACAUGAUGUGGCAAAAACACAUGACCUCAGGGGCAUCUGGCUGGCUCAGUCAGUAGAGCACGUGACUCUUGAUCUCGGGGUCAUGAGUUUGAACCCCAUGUUGGGCGGAGAGUUUACUUUAAAAAAAUUAAUUUAAUAAAUAAAAUGAAAAUUUUCACAAAUCUGUGUUUGAUGCAGUUGUGAUCUUUUAGGAGCUGAUAUGUGAUGGCAUUUCUUUCCUUUUUUUUU